AUGACCAUUACCUGGAACGCGGAAGCUGACGCCAAGCUCCUGGUUGGCAUCAUUACUACCAGCAACACGGCCAUCGACUUUGAAAAAGUCGCCGAGUUUAUGGGUCAAGGCAAGUAUCCUCCUACUGUCGCCCUGAAGCACAGAAUUCAGCGUAUCAAGGAAAAGGCUGGUCUCACGAGCUCGAAGAGUGCCAUCCCAAAGUCACCGUCCACACCCAAGACCAAGCGAUCCACCCCCAGGAAGGCAACCAAGAGCACUCCCAAAAACACUCCCAAGCGCAAUUCCGCCGCCCUCAAGAAUACCGAACAGACCGACGAACAGAUUGUCAAGUCUGAGCCUGAGCCUGAGAAGUUCGAUCAUGACGGAUAUCUUGCGUGA